CGCAGCUGUCAGCGCGCACUAGGUGUGCAUCACCGUGGACCACCGAUCAGCGCUCUACUGUCCGACACAGAGAUGUUGCAGCGUUCUACCUGACUUUUCUUAUCCGUUUCUCUGCUUUUCGCACGUGAAACAGAGCGCAAGAGUUCCGCUGCAUGCGUGCCGAAAGGAGCGAGCGGGUUAUCAUGAGUUGUCUGGAUGUUAUGUACCCUGCUUAUGGUCAUUACGCAACGUACGCGACCAAAGCUUCAGCGAUCAUCAGCACUUUACCGGCACCCAUUGGUCUGAGAAGCCCCUCAUCUCGUUGUAGGGAUACGAUGGACAGCAUGGGAUCCCCAUGCUGCUCUGAGAGUGUCCUAAUGUCUGCCAGGAGCUCCAGCUCGGGGGGGCCUUCCCCAUUGCCGUACCCCUCGGCCGGACAGGUGGAGGAGGUUAUAAAGAACAAGGAGGUUGGGGAGGCAGAAUACCUGAGCUCGCGAUGCAUCCUCUUCACGUACUACCAAGGGGACAUUAGCAGCGUGGUGGACGAACAUUUCUCCAGAGCUCUCAGCACAUACAUGGAGGCAGAGGGCAAAAAGAGGCACAGCGAUCCCAGCACAGAUGCUUCAUCCUCGAGCAGUCGCCGCAGUUUCCCUCCAUCAUUCUGGGACAGUAAUUACCCAUCUACACCCAGCCGACCCCACUGUGAUCCCACAGGUGCUCCCACUUAUGGAAUGGACCCAUACUCCCAGGCCCUGCACCCAGGUCUGCCUCAUUCACACACUCACCCACACCCAUCAGAGUCCUGGAGCUACUCUCAAAGCCAGCCCUAUCCUCCCCCACGGCCCAUCCAAGAACUCUACUCCCCUCCCAGGCUGGAUCCUCACUACGGCCCCCUGCUGAUGUCCACUGUCCGGCCACCACAUCUCCCGACGUUGCCCGGGCAUUAUGAUGUGGGAAAGCUUGAACCCACUCCCGCUUGGCCAGGACUACUUCCGCCUGGGGAAGUGGCACAGAGACUGGCCCUCAACAUGGAACCGGGUCUCCAGCAUCACAAGAAAGGGAAGGAGCUCUACUGGUUUUAAUGAGAAGCCCUUUAUCGACCAUCCAAUUAAAGCCUGAGUAUGGCCCAUUGUAGCCGAACUGUUGUUCCCCUUUAGCCCCCUCACACAACGGCUCGGCACCAGCUCUGCACACGCUCUGAACAUGCUCCAAGACUAUUUGUGUGCACCAUGGAGAUAUGAACAUAGGGUGAUGAGAAAAGGCCUGGGGGUAGGCAGGGGUUCUUGACUGCAUGGUCUCUCUCUUUUGAUCUUUUUGUUUUUCUCUCUCUCUCUCUCUUAAAAUUAAUUUAUUGUGGUGUAAAAAUUCAGCUUGCCCUUUUUGGACAUUAAGAUGUGGAAAACAUGAAAUGGUGCCAUGUACAGAAUGAUACAUGAUGGGCAGAUGACAGAUGGAUAGAUUUUUUUUGUUUUAAUAUAUCUUUUUUUUUAAAUAUCUGGUGUUGACUGGCAAGCUGUAAAUAUUAUUGCUCUUUUUUGGGGGUAAUUGGACUAUUAAGGAUGGCAACAACAUGUUUGUAUUGUUUCUUUGGUUUUACAUUUUUUCAUUUAUGUACAGUAUUUGUAUUUAUAUAUAGUAUUUAUGUGUUUCAAUUACAAUACACUUAUGACCAGUGCUGUUACCGGUAGUUUUUUUAAUUUAUUUUUUUAGUUUUUUUGUUGUUGUUGGUUUUUGUUUUUUUUUUUUUGGUCAGAAGGAAUAUACCGUGAAAACAGCUUAAAGAUGAGAGAACUCAAUGUAUUAAUGAAUCCUGUCCAGUUAAAAGAUAUAAUUUCCCAAGUUAACGAGUCACUGUAUGGAACUGACAAGGUUCCGUAAAUGUAUGGAAUGUAUGAUAUGAUGUUGUAUAGGGGAAAUAAUAUAUUUUUUUUUUCUAUGUUUAGGUCUACUUUGUUGAACUACAGAUAAUGAAGACACUUUCUUUGUUAAGCUUAAAAGUGUUUGUAUUUCCAUAUUAAACAUGUAC